AUGGCUAUUUACUCCAGGGACGAGGCUUUGAUGUGCAAAGUUUUUCCAUCGAGCUUGGGUCCGACGGUGAUAAGGUGGUUCAACGGCUUAAGGGCCAAUUCUGUUGGGUCUUUCAAAACACUGACUCGGGCUUUUGGUACUCGCUUUAUUACAUGCAGCAGGACUCCUCGGCAUUUGGGAUCUUUGUUGACUCUAUCUAUGCGAGAGGGUGAGACUCUCAAGAAUUACUCAGAUAGGUAUUGGGAAAUGUUUAACGAAAUAGAGGGAAAGAACGAUGUUGUGGCUAUAACCACUUUCAAAGCUGGUUUCCCAGCUGAUCAUGAUUUGAGGAAAUCCCUGACGGGUAAACCUGUCACCAGUGUGCACCAACUGAUAGACAGAAUAGAUAAAUACAGAAGGGUAGAGGAAGAUCAAAUUCAGGGAAAAGGAAAAGUCAAGGUGAUCCCUCAAGAGAUGAGGGAUUUCAGGUCGGACCGUUAUAAUAACAGCCGACCACGGAGGGAUUUUGUUGGGCAGUCGGGUUCGGCGGACGCCCAGGUUGUUAAUGCAAUAUUUCGGGAGCCCGUGCAGCAGGAUCACGGGCACACGACGGAUAACUGCAGGAAUUUAUGGGACCACUUGGAACAGUUGGUCCGUGAAGGGAAAUUAAAGCAACUCUUUCAUCACUCCAAUGGAAGGGCGAGCCAAGCAGGUUCAGAGGUGUGUGGGGACGCUUCAUCAAGGCUCCCCCUGGGUACGAUUAACGUUAUCUUUGCGGCCCCGGGAAGGACUGGAUCUUGCCCCUCCAGAGUAUUGUCGGUGUCCCGAUCCCCGGCCGAGGAUCAUUCCCAAGCAUUGAAGAGGGCCAAGGUGUGUGUCCCCCUGAUUCUAGGCUUUUCGGAUGAGGAUAUGGUUGGGACCAUACAGCCCCAUGAGGAUGCUUUGGUGGUAACGUUGAGAAUUGGCGAGUACAAUGUCAGAAGGGUGAUGGUUGAUCAGGGUAGCACUGUGGAUGUAAUGUAUCCAGACUUGUACAAGGGGCUAGGUUUGAAGCCAGAGGACUUAACAACCUACAACUCUCCUCUGGUAAGUUUUGAGGGAAGGAUGGUCACUCCUAAAGGACUGAUUAGGCUACCUGUGCAAGCAGGUACGGAUGUGGUGGAGGUGGAUUUUAUCGUUGUGGAUGUUUUUUCUCCAUACACGGCUAUUAUGGGCAGACCUUGGCUUCACACCCUUAAAGCGGUCUCGUCUACUCUGCAUCAGAAGGUGAAGUACCCAUCCGGAGACCAAGUGUUGGAAAUAGUAGGGAAUCAGGCGGCUGCUCGGCAAUGCCUAGUCGCGACUAUACAGCAUCGGCCAGAAGCAGAAAUCUCAGAAAAAUUCUUCCAGGUUGGGGCUAAAUUGCCUUUGCAGGAGAAAGCGAGUUUGCUGGAAUUCCUCCGAACCAAUGUGGACGUUUUUGCAUGGGACCCGCCACCUAUCAUGUCUAGUCCUGAGGUGGAUGAGGUGUUGUUUGCUUAUUUGGCAGUAGCCCCUCAUGCAGUUAGUUUCAUCUUGAUACGAGAAGACAAUGGUGUCCAAAGGCCAGUUUAUUAUGUGAGUAAAUCCCUCCAUGAGGCCGAAUCUGAGAUAUUUGUCAUUAGAAAAGGCCAUAUUGGCGGUGGUCCACGCAACACGCAAACUUCCGCACUACUUUCAGGCCCAUACCGUGGUUAUCUUGACCCAACUGCCACUUAA